AUGGUUGCACCUCUCUACACAACCGCGUCUGGGCUUCUGUUCCAUGCUGGAAAGAUCCUUGUACUGACCGUUGGACUGCCUGCUCGAGGAAAGACUCACAUUUCAAGAGCCCUAGAGCGCUACCUCCGCUGGACUGGUGUGAAAACUCAAGUGGUAUCGCUAGGAGAUUAUCGUCGCAAAGUUAUCGGGAGUGCCCAAAACCUUCCUUCGGACUACUUCACCUUGGGAGACAAAAGCCCUGAAACUGUGGCCCUGCGUCAAAAGGUUUCCGAUGGAUGCGAACAAUUGAUUUGGGAUUUCUUCAACGCUCAAGGUCAAGUGGUCAUCUACGAUGCAAACAAUGGAACCAGGGAACGCCGACAAGACAUAGCCGAGAGGUUCAGCGCUGCUGGGAUCCAUGUGAUCAUACUAGAGUCUCUGUGCGAUGAUGAGGAUAUUAUCCUCGCGAAUAUCCGAAGUGUCAAAAUUUCGUCACCAGAUUAUCGUUCAUGGGAUCCCAACAAGGCGGUAGAAGAUUACUACAGGCGCAUCCGCGACCACGAAGUUCACUACGAGCCUGUUGAAGAAACUGAUUUUCCUUUCAUUCGGAUCAAGAAUGUCGGCGAACAAAUCAUGGUGAACAAUAUUCGUGGAUACCUCCAAUCCAGAAUUGUUUUCUUUCUUAUGAACAUUCAUAAUCGGUUCCGAACGAUCUAUUUUGCUCGGUCGGGUCAAUCUUUGAUUGAGCACUCGUACAAAGCCGACUCAGACCUGUCCCCGGCUGGAUGGGAGUAUGCAGAACGCUUGAAAGAUUUUGUGUUGGAAAGACGCGCGAAAUCGUUCGAGCAGCGGGGAAUUGAUCCUUCCACUCGCAAGCUAGUGAUAUGGACGUCAGCACGCCGUCGAUCUCAUCAUUCGGCAUGGCCAUUCCUGACUACCGGACCCGAUGAUCCAUCGCCACCGGCCAAAGUCAAGGUCAUGGAACGUCCCCAGAUGUCAGAGAUCAAUCCUGGAGUGUGGGACGGGUUGACUCCAGAUGAGGUACGAAAGUACUAUCCUGACGAGUGGAAUCGCUUCGUCAAGGACCCCUACGCAUAUCGCGCUCCGCGGGCCGAAAGCUAUCACGACCUUUGUGUCCGUCUCGAGCCCACCCUCAUUGAACUCGAGAGGCAGAAGGAAGAUUUGCUUAUUAUCGGACACGCAUCAGUCAUUCGCUGCAUUCUCGCAUAUCUAAUCGGUCUCCCCGCAUCGGAGAUUCCGGCCAUCGAGGUAGCCCGCGGGGACUUGGUAGAGGUUGUGCCGACGUCCUACGGCGUGUUCAGUCAAGCCUAUCACUUCUGGGACGGACCAGGACGGAGCGGUGAUGGCGGAGGUACCGACGAGCGGAAUUUUUACGAGAACUAUGCAGAAGACACGAAGGGCAAGCGGCGAUCAGAAAUUGACGAGAACGAGGUUGCACCAGCUGCAGUUGCAGCUAUCUAA